AUGACCGAGAAUAAUAACAAUAGCAGAGAUAGAUCAAAAAAUAUAUACCAAGGCACUAGUCCCGUUAUUAAAAUCGAAUAUUAUGAAGAAUUGGCCAACCUUACGCAAAUGCAAUUAAAAUCACAUGUGGUUAAUAUCAAUGGCAAAGAUAUAGAAAGCAUUCUCGAUUUGAGCGGACAAUGUCAGGUUAUCACCUGUGAAAAAGCAAAAGAGCUGAGUUUGGAAAUGGAUAGUGUAAAGCCGCAUAAAAGGAUACCCAGGACCAAAGGGGUAACUCUAAAGA